UGCGACUUAAAAGAACGUAAACAAAUGCUCCGGGUUAUGGCUGAUUCCGAGGUCGCCAAGGCACUUCUUAGUGUCAUUGAGCGUGUAAAUGUCGCUACCAAGGCGAGAAAUCCUGAAAUCGCAGCCUUGUGUAAACAGCCAAGGCUAGUGGCAGUCAGCAAGACUAAACCAAAGGAGAUGAUUAUAGAGGCCUAUUCAGCCGGACAAAGACACUUCGGAGAGAAUUACGUCCAAGAGUUGGUCGAGAAAGGACAUGACGAAGAAAUAAUAGAGAAAUGUCCUGAGAUUAAAUGGCACAUGAUCGGACACCUGCAGAGCAAUAAAGUGAACAAGGUUAUCGGAAUCCCAAAUUUAGAAUGUGUUGAGACCGUUGACACAGCCAAGUUAGCAACAACGCUUAAUAAUGCUGUCCAGAAACAUGGCUUGGAGAAAAAAUUAAAAGUGUUUGUUCAAGUUAAUACAAGUGGAGAAGAACAAAAGAGUGGUGUUCACCCCGACAAUGUUAAUGAGUUGGUGGACCACGUUAAAAAGAAUUGUCCGCACCUGAACCUGCUUGGACUCAUGACCAUCGGGGCUUUUGACCACGAUCUCUCUCAGGGACCAAAUCCAGAUUUCCAGACUUUGCUGAAAACCAGAGCUACAGUUUGUGAGACCCAGUGUAUAGAACCACAGGAUGUAGAAUUGUCUAUGGGGAUGUCAAAUGACUUUGAACAUGCUAUCCUAAUAGGAAGCACCAAUGUUCGAGUGGGCAGCACAAUCUUUGGAGCACGAAAUUACAAGAAGUAAAUGAAUUGCAGUACAUCUGUGUAUCAAGUUAUUCAUACAAAAUUGAUCAUACAAGACAGGAAAUUAUGGAUAGAUUAUCCUUGACUGCUUUAAUCUUUUUGUAACUGAAUUUGGCUUAUACUUUUUAAGUCAUGGAGUUUUUGUAAGUUUUGAUGCAUCACAAAGUAUGGUUGUACUAUAUUAAAUAGGUUUACCCUAUAAUGUAUAGGAAAAUGUUAUGUAUAAUUUCUUUAUAUCAGGUGAACAGUGUUCAUCGUAACAAAUGUAGAAAAGCUAAGAAUGAGAAUGAAUAUCUUCAGAGUGCAAGAGAUGCAUUUGACUGGCAUCAGUUAUAUAUUUGUCAAAUAUAUGCAUUUACUGACAAAAUGUAAUCAUAACCUGUCAAAUACAUUUCUUGCACUGUGAAGAUACUCAUUCAUACCUUUUCUACAUUUAUAUCAGGUACUUUUCUCAUGAAAGAAAAAAAUUAUUUGUAGGCUAUUAAUUUUGUUUUAAUAUUUCAAGGGUAUGUUUUAAUAUUUUAAGGGUAUAUAAAUGUUGGUAUUAACUGACAUCCAGAUCUUUUCUAGAAAUUCUAGGAAUAGUGUAUGUUGGUUAGAAUGAAAUAAUGACUUUGUAGACAUUAAGUGUUUGUUCAGUUUUGCCCAGAUUGGUGCAUAUAAUACUCUUCCGUAUCAAACUUCAUGAAAAUAGGUCUAAAAACAAAAUGGAAAAAUAUCUAGGGUAGUUUAUAAAAGUCUUAUAAAACUAGCUGUAAAACUUUUAAUUUUACAAUACUCUGUACCACAAAAUUGAGAUACCUAGGUAGUUUGCAUUUAAAUAAUCAUAAUAAUCUAACAAAAUAGUUAUUUCUGCCUAGUCAGAAAAGAAGGGGGGGAAAAAAUUAACAUCACUAAUCUUACUGCAAGUGACAGUGAGCAACAACGAAAAUAAUUACUUUUAGGCACAAUGAGGUCGUCAUGUAACUUUAUUUAUUCAUAAACUUGACUAUGAUCUCAACACCGAGAUUCCAGAGGACAUCAAGGUGCUAAAGUGGGUAUUUAUGAAAGGUUUAUUUAAUUCCAAUAAAUGAAACCCUGGCA